GAGGCCGAGUCCUUCCUCCGCCUGGCCGUGGACGGAAGGGAGGCCCUCCUGGGUCCAGACCAUCCGCAGACGUUGUGUUCCGUGGCCAGCUUGUCGUCGCUGCUGCAGGCCAUGGGCAGACAGCGCGAGGCGGAGCGGCUGGCCCGCCGAGCCUUCGAGCGGAGGAGGGCCGUGCUGGGGCCCGCCCACCCGCAGACCCUCGGCUCUGCGAACGACCUCUCGCGGCUCCUGCGUGCGACGGGGCAGCUCGAGGAGGCGGAGGGGCUGUCGCAGGCCGCCUACGAGGCCAGCGAGGCGGCACUGGGGCCGCACCACCCGCACACGCUGACGUACCUGGACAACCUCGCGCUGCUGAAGGGCAGCUUGGGCAAGCGCGUGGAGGCGGAGGCCCUCCACCGCCGCGCCGUGGAGGGCAAGGAGGCCGCGCUCGGGCCAGACCACCAGGACACGCUCACCUCCCUGAGCGACCUGGCAAGGCUGCUGCGGGCGGCGGGCAAGAUCCAGGAGGCCGAGCCCUUGGCCCGCAGGGCGCUGGAGCCCCUGUACCGCCGCACCGUGGAGAGCCGUGAGGCCACGCUGGGGCCAGAGCACCCCGACACGGCAUCCGCGAUGAUGGACCUGGCCGAGCUCCUCGUGACCGCGGGCAAGCCUGAGGAGGCGGAGACGUUCUACCGCAGGGCGAUCGUGGGGUGCGACGCCGCCUUCGGGCGCAACCACCCGGACACGCUCGAGGGCCUCUGCGGGCUGGCGGGCGUGCUGGAAGCGACAAGCAGGAGCCGUGACGCCAUCCCAGUGGUGACGCGGGCGUUGGAAGCCUCGGAGGUCGUCCGGGGACCGAGCCACCCUGGCACGGCGGCUCUGGUCGAGCGGUUGGCGGGGCUGCUGGAGGGCGCCGGGGACCUCGGGCGCGCGGGGCCCUUGUGCCUACGCGCGCUGCGGGCGAAGGAGCG